AUGUGCGUCACCGGCGUGGCUGCCGCCCCUCCCGUACCUAGAUGGGGCGCCUCCUUUUGGAUGGCCUCCCCUUCCGCCAGAGUGGAUGAUCCUGCUGCAGCCUUAGGAGUAGCCGCCGUCGCCGCCUUCACAGAUGCCAUCUUCGCCCAAUUGCGAUGCGCACGCGAACGCACAGGAUUUCAGCAUCGCGUGGCCGCAUGCUUGCGUCUCAAACCUCGUAGAUUGCAACCGUGCGACACGCUUUUCAGUGCCACAUCUCACCGCCGGAGCAGUAGGGAGUUCCACCAUCUGCCUAGCUACGCAUCUCGCAUUCUCGCCCUCAUCUCUCAUGGCACCCCAGCAGCAACUCCUCCUCCUGCUACUGUUAGUCCUCCUGGCCUCGCUGUUGCCGCGGCCGGCCGCCGCCGACGACGGGGCCGCUGGGCCACCGCCUCCACUGGUGAAGCAGUUUUACUACUACUCUCCUCCGCCGCCCUCGCCGUCUUCUCCCACCGGCCCGCCGCCGGCGCCGCCGACGACGCCGUGCAACUGCCAGCAGAUGCCGCAGCCCACAGCUUGCAACUGCCAGAAGAUGCCGCCGCCUGGGAUGAACCACCACAGCCCGCCGGCCGGGCACCACUACGGGUUCCUGUCCGGGUCCCGGGUGCAAGCCGGGGGGCGGCUCCAUCCCCGGAUACUCUGCGCUGUUGCCGCUGCACUUCUGCUUCUGUGGUGGUGCUAGUCACUCGCUGCUGUGCCUCUCAGAUCCAUAUGCAAGCUCUUGCCAUGCACUCACAAAUUCUGGAGGGCUCGAUUAAUCUGGGCAUAUGUACGGAUUUGGUUGUUGCAAUCUACAGUACAUUUGAUGAAGUUGAUGACUGAAGAUGGUAUUGAUGACAUGCAUGCUCUGUAUCAACUUUGUGUUUGUAAAAGAUGGUCUGCAUUUUCGCAUGCAAAUGGUUGCAACUUGUUUGCCUACUUUCCUUUGUAUGAAGAAUUCAGCACGAGUCGAA